AUGGCCGAUCAGCUGCGAUUUGACGACCAGGUCGUCGUCGUCACCGGCGCUGGUGGCGGCCUCGGCAAGGUAUACGCCCUCUUCUUCGCCUCGCGCGGAGCCUCUGUCGUCGUCAACGACCUCGGCGGCUCCUUCAAGGGCGAGGGCACCUCCAGCAAGGCCGCCGAUGUCGUAGUCAACGAGAUCAAGGCCGCUGGCGGCAAGGCCGUGGCCAACUACAACUCUGUCGAGGAUGGCGACAAGAUCAUCGAGACGGCCAUCCAGGCCUUUGGUCGCAUUGACAUUCUCAUCAACAAUGCCGGUAUUCUCCGUGACAUCAGCUUCAAGAACAUGACCGACCAGGACUGGGACCUCAUCAUGAAGGUCCACGUCCGUGGCGCCUACAAGUGCGCUCGCGCCGCCUGGCCUCACUUCAGGAAACAAAAGUACGGCCGCGUCAUCAACACGGCCUCUGCCGCCGGUCUGUUCGGCAGCUUCGGCCAGGCCAACUACUCUGCUGCCAAGCUCGCCAUGGUUGGCUUCACCGAGACCCUCGCCAAGGAGGGCGCCAAGUACAACAUCCUCUCCAACGUCAUUGCGCCCAUUGCUGCGAGCCGCAUGACCGAGACUGUCAUGCCCCCUGAUGUUCUCGAGAACCUCAAGCCCGACUGGGUCGUCCCCCUUGUCGCUGUCCUCGUCCACAAGAGCAACACGGAGAACGGCACCAUCUGGGAGGUCGGUGCCGGCCACGUCGCCAAGUUCCGCUGGGAGCGGUCCAGCGGUCUCCUUCUCAAGGCCGACGACAGCUACACCCCCGGCGCCGUCCUCAAGGCCUGGGACCAGGUUGGCGACUUCUCCAACCCCCAGUACCCUUCGGGACCUGCCGACUUCUUGACCCUGCUCGAGGACUCCAUGAAGAAGGGCCCCAGCGCCCAGGGUGAGAACCCCGACUUCACGGGCCGUGUCGCUCUUGUCACUGGUGGCGGUGCUGGUAUCGGCCGCGCCUACGCUCUGGCUUUCGCCAAGUACGGUGCCUCGCUUGUCAUCAACGACCUUGCCAACCCCGAUGACGUCGUCAACGAGAUCAAGGCGGCCGGCGGCAAGGCUGUCGGCGUCAAGGCCUCUGCCGAGGACGGCGAUGUGGUCGUCAAGGCGGCCAUUGACGCCUUUGGCCGUAUCGACAUCGUUAUCAACAAUGCCGGCAUCCUGCGCGACAAGGCUUUCAACAACAUGGACGACAGUCUGUGGGACCCCGUCCUGAACGUCCACCUUCGCGGUACCUACAAGGUCACCAAGGCCGCUUGGCCCUACUUCCUCAAGCAGAAGUAUGGCCGUGUCAUCAACACGACCUCGACGAGUGGCAUCUACGGCAAUUUUGGACAGGCCAACUACGCCGCGGCGAAAUGCGGCAUCCUCGGCUUCUCUCGCGCCCUGGCCCUCGAGGGUGCCAAGUACAACAUCUACGUCAACACGAUUGCGCCCAACGCCGGCACGGCCAUGACGAGGACAAUCAUGCCCGAGGAGAUGGUGCAGGCUUUCAAGCCCGACUACAUUGCGCCCGUCGUGCUCGCGCUCUGCAGCGACAAGGUGCCCAAGAACCCUACCGGCGGCCUGUACGAGGUCGGCAGCGGCUGGGUCGGUCAGACGAGGUGGCAGCGAUCCGGCGGCCACGGAUUCCCCGUCGACGUGCCCCUGACGCCCGAGGCUCUCCUGCAAAAGUGGGACGUCAUCAGGAACUUUGACGACGGCCGUGCGGACCACCCGUCCAAGGCGCAGGAUGCCGUCCAGAAGGUCAUGGACAACAUGGCGAACAAGAGCAAGAAGUCCUCCAGUGAACCCCAGGCCCCGUCCUCCUCCGACGAGGGCGCGCAGUACCGCGAGGCCAUUGCCAGCGCGCUCAAGGCCGACACGAUCCCUUCCGACUUUACCUACACGGAGCGCGAUGUUGCUCUCUACAACCUCGGCAUUGGCGCCAAGCGCGACAACCUCGACUACGUCUUUGAGGGCGCCGAGGACUUCCGCCCCGUCCCGACGUUUGGCGUCAUCCCGCCCUUCGGCGCCGAAACGUCGUUCAACUAUGACGACAUUGUGCCCAACUUCUCGCCGAUGAUGCUGCUCCACGGCGAGCAGUACCUCGAGGUGAAGAAGUACCCGAUCCCGACGGCGGCGCACCUCGUCUCCCGCGCGCGGCUCCUCGAGGUCGUCGACAAGGGCAACGCGGCCAUUGCGCGCAACGGCAUCUCGACCGUCAUCGCCGAGACGGGCGAGGAGGUCUUUUACAACGAGAUGACCGUCUUCCUCCGCGGCUGCGGCGGCUUCGGCGGCCAGGCGCGCCCUGCCGACCGCGGCCCCAGCACGGCCGCCAACAAGCCCCCCGCGCGCAGCCCCGACGUUGUCGUCGAGGAGAAGACGACGGAGGAGCAGGCGGCCCUCUACCGCCUCAGCGGCGACUACAACCCGCUCCACGUCGACCCGUCGUUCGCGCGCAUGGGCGGCUUCAAGAAGCCCAUCCUGCACGGCCUCUGCACCUUUGGCUUCGCCGGCAAGGCCGUCUACGAGCGCUUUGGCGCCUUUAGGAACAUCAAGGUCCGCUUCGCCGGCACCGUCCUGCCGGGCGAGACGCUCGUCACCGAGAUGUGGCAGGAGGGCGGCAAGGUGCUGUUCCAGACCAAGGUCAAGGAGACGGGCAAGCUCGCCAUUGCGGGCGGCGGUGCCGAGCUCGUCGGCAAGGCGUAG